ACCACCCGAAGUUACCCAUCACUAAGCAUCAUGAGAGCCUUCGUAGCGUGCAUAGCCCUUGCGUUGGUGGCGUGCGCCAGCGCCGAGCCCCCAUCCGGUUACAGCUACAACCGCCCGUCAGGCGGCGGCGGCGGCGGUGGGUACAGCAGUGGCGGCGGCGGUGGAUACAGCGGCGGCGGCGGUGGAUACAGCGGCGGCGGUGGCGGAUACAGCGGCGGCGGUGGCGGUGGCUACAGCGGAGGCCUGAGCGGCGGCGGUGGCGGCUACCGUGCUGUGUCCUCAGGACACCAAACCUCCGAAGGCCAGAAUGUCGAUCCCCAGCUCCUUGAACAAGUCCGCCAGAUCCUUCUCAAAGAAGAAUCCCAAUCUUCAUCUGGAUCUGGCUUCGGAGGUGGCUACAGCGGCGGUGCUCCAUCCUCUUCUUAUGGCGCUCCAUCCUCCUCCUACGGUGCUCCCUCCUCCUCCUACGGCCCUCCCUCUGGUGGCCGUGUUGUCGGCAUCAACCUAGAAGAUGUCCGCCAAGCUAUCCAGGUCGCCCAGUUCGAGCAGUCCGGUGGCUCUUCUGGCGGCUACCCCUCUGGCCCCUCUUCCUCAUAUGGUGCGCCCGCGCGCACUCCCUCCGGUAGCUACGGCGCCCCCUUCUAAACUAAUUUUCCAACCAAAUAGCUUCCGAACCAAAUUACUGCACCGUUCGGAUGAUCGAAAUAAUUCGGGCGCGCUCGUAACAUCCCCGGGUGGGCUCGAAUGUAUAUACAAAUUGGUCGGCAGCCACGUACAAUGUAGGUGAUGCCGAUCACCCGGCCGUUGUCUCGCCGCCUCUAUCGGUCAACGCUUGCGACUGUGCACGCACACGGGUUGCGAAGCGCGGCGGCCAGUCAGGCGUCAAUGGUCAUGGCAAACUCGCCCCGAUCCCGCCACUACCAAUCAGUGUAGUGCUCCUCGAGGCGAGUUUGCCAGUCCACAAAGGACGAAGUGGCUCGCCGCUGCGCUCAAAACUUGUAUUGUAUAAAGUUUAUCGUUAAGAUUAGCUUAAUUUUUUAUUAUAAGUAUGUUUUAUUUACAAAAAAUAAAUACAUUUUGUCAC